AAUUUGUGGGUUGUUUUUUUAUUCUUUGUUUGCUUUCAAUGAGUAGUUGAAGGUUCCGUUUUCACUGAAGCAACAGAGUUUUUGUUCUUAAAGGACUUUGAUAUCUGGAAGUUCUGUCGAUCCAUAAGUAUGAACUCUUCGGCAGCCGAACUUCCGGCAAGGAUGGCGAUAUAUGAGCAAUUCCACCACAUAAGCAGGUCUGGAGACGCCUUCGACGACGGAAACGAUUCCACAAUUGUUCCUUCAGAUGUCAGGCAAAAGAACAAGGCUGAAUAUAUAUCUCGUAACCAAGUUGAACCUUCCAUAAGUGAUCAAGAAACAAACAAGCCCUCCAAUAUGAUACAGAGACGACUUGCGCAGAAUCGAGAAGCUGCUCGUAAAUGCCGGUUGCGGAAAAAGGCCUAUGUUCAACAACUAGAAUCAAGUCAUUUGAAACUAGCUCAGUUGGAGCAAGAGCUUGAAAGAGCAAGGCAGCAGGGUGUAUACUUAAGCGGUGCACCGGAUGCUGGUUCUUUUGGAUUGCCUACAACUGUAAACUCAGGGAUUACUGCAUUUGAGAUGGAAUACGCGCAUUGGAUCGAAGAGCAAAAUAGACAGAUUUGUGAACUUAGAACUAUUCUCCAGGCGCAUAUUACCGAUAUAAACCUCCGUAUACUGGUAGAGAGUGGCUUGAACCACUACUGCAAUCUGUUCCGCAUGAAAGCGGAUGCUGCAAAGGCAGAUGUCUUCUAUCUGAUCUCAGGCAUUUGGAGAACUUCAGCCGAGCGUUUUUUCCACUGGAUCGGAGGAUUCCGCCCGUCAGAGAUCUUAAAUGUUGUGGUGCCACAGAUUGAGCCAUUGACUGAUCAACAACAUCUGGAGGUCUGUAAUCUUAGACAGUCAUCUCUUCAAACCGAAGAUGCUCUUUCCCAAGGAGUAGAUAAACUGCAGCAGAGUUUGGCCGAGGGUGUAGCGUCAGAUUUGUGUUCGGGAAACUUCAGAGCUCAGAUGGUUGAUGUAAUAGAUAAGUUGGAAGCCCUAGAGAACUUUGUAAGCCAGGCCGACCACCUUCGCCAGCAGACGUUGCAACAGAUGGUUCGAAUCCUGACAACCCGUCAAGCGGCUCGAGGUUUUCUUGCCAUGGGGGAAUACUUUCAUCGUCUACGUGCUCUGAGUUCGCUUUGGGGUGCUCGUCCACGAGAAUCUGCCUAGCUUAGAGAACCAUCAGUAUGUGAGGCUGUAUUCACCACAAAUUUGUUCCUCAACUGGUAAGGAAAUGGAUUUUCGGAGGUCUCGUUUUGUCAAAUAUGAGCUACAAUAUGUAAUGUAUGCACGCAUGUAUGCAUGCUUGUAGUUGUUCAAAGAAACUUCUUCGGAAUAAAACUUGUAUAUAUGAAUCUUUAUGAUGUAUUAGUAUAACAAGAACUUUAGGUGGUUAAAGUUAGGUUUA